AUGCAACUGGAGUAUAUUGUUUCUCAUAUUGGUGGUGUUUCCAAUGAAGAUCGACAAUAUCUCGUGGAGAAACCAUGGGUUUCUGAUAAAUCCCACUUCUUCCCAGUGGAAAUUGAGCUCCACCUUCGACAACGAAGUGAAGUUGAGAAAAUCGAAAUUGUCGCACAUAAUACAUUUAUCCGUAAGAAGUUGUCAUUUGUUUACAGUAUUCAUCACUCACUUUUUUCAGCCAAGAAAAUAGGGAUCUUCUCAGAACGAAACGAAGAGGGAUACAUUGGGGAAGUGCAAUUCAAGAGCCGCAAAACUGACGAUCAGAAAUAUGAGCUCAAGAAUAUAUUUCUUAAUGAAAAAUGCUCGAAGUUGAUUUUGAAUGUUUCUGAAGCCCACAUCGAUGUCAUCAACAAUUUGGAUUCAUUAGUUGGAUUAGUAGACGUCAAAUUAUUCGGAAAGUAUCUUCCAGCCGGGGAUGAUUUAUUCAUACCUUCAGAUAUCGACCAUAAAGCUUUUAAGCCUGGGGUGACAAGGAACGUAAUUCCGGAUCACAAAUAUUCGAAAGAACUGCAAGCAAUGAUUCAUGCUAUUGAGAAGAACAAGCAAACGGCAGUGGCGAAUGAAGACUUCAAAAUGGCAAAAUCAGCUCAACUGGCAGUACGGGAAUUAAAAAAGUCCACAAAGGAAAUGGAAGAACUUGAAAACGAUAAGAAUGAAGCGGUGAUGGAUGAGGAUUUCCAAAGAGCUAAUGACUUGCAAGGUGACUCAUACAAAAAUUUAUUUAAAUUUAGAAACAAAAAGUGUUCAGAUGAAAUCACAGCACUUCGGUCUAAUAUUCUUGCUUCUAUUGAUCCUGUACUUCUGGAAGAUACAAUGCCAAGAAACGAAGAAAUUCAUCGUCCAAAAAAUCUUUUCACAGAAGCUUUAGAGCUCCGAUCCAAGCCGAAACUAUAUCAACCAGUUGAUCUUUCACCGACUGAAGUAUCUGCUGAUCAAUCUACUUCAUUCCUUCUUCCACCUCGUCCUCCAUCUAGCUCCUUCAAGAAAACAGUGACACGUGUCAUGACUCCGAAACGGCCAUCUACCAAUGAUUCUACUUCCACUAGACGGAGUAGCGCCACGUGGGAAAUUCCAAUCAGGCCAACUACCACAAAUUCUCAGAGCUCAAGAAAACGAACGCCUUCUCCAAGUGUCAAAAAAGCUCCGAGUACUGCAUCAUCUUCAAGAAGUCGUAGAAGUAAUAGCAUUGGAAUGGGAACAAAUAAGUUUUUGGAGAAGGAAAACAUGAUCGUACCAGCAGCUUUGAAUCGGAAAAGAUCUUCAUCUGUGAAUCUGGAAACUCCAGAAUUUGUGGACAAAUCAACAGAGGAUAUAAGCGAAGAUCAAGUUCUUGCGAUGGUUUCCCCAGAUCAACGGGGGAAUGUCAGAUCUGCGAUUUCAUUAUUUGGUUUGGAACCUAUAGCCAAAAUCUAUUCCAAACAUUUUGAGAAUCGAAAGGAAGGAAUCGCAGAAGUUCGGGAGAAACUUGAUACAUUUAAUUCUGAUAAAACAUCGAGAUACUUUGAAAGCAUCACUUGCCUUUUAGCUCAUAUUUUGAAAGAACCUCUUUUCAACGUAUACAAAGAUGUUUUACUUCUCUGGCAUCACUUCUGCACCUCACGUCUUCCUGAGCUAAAUUUGGAGAAAUACAUUCCAAGAGUUGCUUCUGAAUCAACUGAAAUCUUAGCCACUCGUGUGUUGGCUAGUGAAAAACGGCUAGUCUCUGAAACGAUGACAGUAUUCCGCGAUGCUUGCAAAGCCCCGUCAAUUGGAAAAGCUUAUGCAUCGAAAUUGCUCAACUCGAAAUCAAAAAAUCUCAAAGGACGAGCUAUUUUGGUUGAGAUCAUUGCUAAACUUCAUGGAGUUCCUAACGAUCAAAUUUCGCUAAACGACAAAACUGUUGCUGAAUUUUCUACAAAAUGCAUCCGAACUAGUGAUCCGCAGAUCAGAACCAUCGGAAAGGAUUUAAUGGUGAAAUUGUAUAAAAAUGGAUCAUCGAAGGUUGUCCGUUCUGAAUUGGACAAAUUUGCGUCAUCAGAUUCCAACAAUCCCACCUAUCAGAAGAUUGUUCGCGAAAUUUACAACUUUGACGGAAGCAAACCAAAAAGUGAGAAGAAGAAGAAAAUCUCGUUUAUGCUGUAA